AUGGAUAGUGGGAAAGGCGGAUCAGUUAAUAAUAUGAUUCUCAACGAAACGCAGUCAAACCAUUUGGCCGUUAAUUCGAAAGCUAUCCAAAGAGCGGGAAAACAUUUAGGAGCUAAUUUAAAUUUGACACCACAAAGCUCUCAACCAACCAUUGAGAUAGCCAAAUAUUCCGAUACAGAAGUUUAUGAAUGUUACAUCAAAGGUUUUGAAUCUCGUAUUGUUAUGCGAAGAACUAAAGACGAUUGGAUUAAUGUAACCCAAGUAUUCAAAAUUGCUGAUUUCUCGAAAGCCCAUAGGACCAAAGUUUUAGAAAAAGAAUCAAGUGAUAUGAUGCACGAGAAAGUACAAGGUGGGUAUGGUAGGUUUCAAGGGACUUGGAUUCCAUUAGAAUCAGCAUUGAUGCUAGUACAGAAAUAUAAAAUCAAUGACCCAGUGGUUACAACUAUCUUACACUUCAAACUUGAUCCGGCAAAUCCUCCUUCAAAAAGAAGUAAGAACAGUGUUCUAAGGAGGACAUCACCAGGGACCAAGAUAACCUCACCAUCUAGCUAUAACAAAACGCCAAAGAGAAAAAGCCUUUCUUCAUCCCAGAAUAAUACGACCGGAUCCAAAAAAACCAAGGCUAAGGACAUGAAAUAUCAAGCUAAUCCAAGUCCGUUACAAAAUUUAGUAUUUCAAACACCACAACAAUCACAUGUAUCAUCAGCUUCAGGGCAAAGUAUGAAUUCUCUGAAUACCACUCAUUUAAACUUGAUUGAAACAAAUGCGAAAAAAGUCAACAGUAAUAAAUCAAUGUCAUUUGGAGGCAUAAGUGAGACGCCUGCAUCAAAUGGAUAUUCUACAACUCAGAAACCACUGCAGUUUUACCCUAUACCGACAAAUAUAACGCAUCAAUCCAAAUACGCAACACGUUCUCAACCCAAUCUUGAUACAGGAUAUUCAAGAAAUGAUAAGAAUAAUGAUCAACACAUGCCUCCGUUUUUGACCUUUGUUCCUGAAAAUCCGCAACUAGCCUACGAUCAAGUCCCAUCUACACUUUCUAACAUGAAUAAUAUUCCAACUAAGAGUUCCUUCAAUAGACCUAACAACAAUGGUAUACAAUCAUUCGAAUCGUUCCAUCCACAAACUUUUAACAAUAACAAAACGAUAGAUAAUAAAAGCAGAAAGAGACCGGCAUCGCUAAAAAAGCAUUCCUCCAAGGUAUUGGCAAGUAAAGACCACCCUAUACUACUACAAACCUUAAAAGAACAUAGCAAGACGAACAAAUCAGCGAUAGAUAACACAGAUAUAAGUGGUGGUCAGAAAACUCGCUUUAACAAUUAUUCGAAUGGCUCUGAAAUUGAAACAUUCUCAGGGUAUGAAAAACCUACUCCUACCACCUCGGCAUCAAUUACACCCCAUUAUACAGAAUCAAGCUUAUAUUCUGGCGCUAAACUCACAGGAGAUGAAUAUAAAGAAACCAUACUUCAUGUGUUGGCCUCUGAAUCGCAUAAUGAAAUUGACCACACUUUAUUUGCAAAACUAUACCACCCACCACCAGAUUUCGACAUUAAUUUUGAAAUUGAUGAACAAGGCCAUACACCUUUACACUGGGCAACGGCAAUGGCAAAUGUUCCAUUAAUUAAACUGCUGAUUAUUUUGAAUGCCAACGCAUUGCAAUGCAAUAGUUUGGGCUUUAAUUGUGUAACAAAAUCUGUUUUCUACAAUAAUUGUUACAAGGCGGGGAAUUUUUCUGAAAUUAUAUCAAUUCUUAGGAUCUGUCUCAUUACACCAGAUUCCAAUGGGAGAUUACCUUUGCAUUAUUUAGUCGAACUAAGCGUUAACAAGACUAAAGAUCCAAUAGUCAUUCAUUCAUAUAUUGAUAUGAUUUUACAGAGCUUGAUGGAGCAUGACUUUCCUGCUUUAAAAAUGUGUUUGAAUUAUCAAGAUACAAUGGGUAAUACUGUACUACAUCUAGCAGCCUUAAAUGUAAAUUUGGAAUUAUGCAACAAAUUAUGUUAUAUGGGUGCAUCUAUGGAUCUCCCAAAUAUUGACGAUGAGACACCAUCAACUAUCCUGGCGAAGUUUAACAUGGUGCCUCCGACAACAUCUAACAUCCAUCGUAUUAAAGAAGAAGAUGCAUCGAACCAGCAAGUAUUAAACGAGAAGAUAAUUUCAACAAGAUAUAAUCCUGAAAUUGAUAAUAGAACUAUGUUGAAAUCCGAGUCUUCAAGUAACAAGGAAAGCGUUAACACAAAUAAAACUGAAUCUCAUCUAGUUGACAGCAUUGAUGUUACAGAGAAUGAUGAUACACAUUCAGAAACUCAACAUCCGACAACAAUUAAUACUAUACUAGAUGAGCUUUCUCCAAUGCAUUCACUGGUAACGUCAUCUGUUAUCAAAGAUACUAAACGUACUUCUCAUAUGCUACUAGAAAAGUCCCCUAUGCUAUAUAAGAGGCGGUCUACUUUUAAUGAUAACAAGGAUUCUAGUCUGCCAAACGGCACAAUUCAUAUUGAUAAUACAAAAAAAUCUCCAAUAGAGGCCAUUAAAAGACGGAAGGAAAGUAGACUAACAAAGAUAGCAACAAGAAUCACGCAGAUAAGUACAAAACUAAUGACUAACAUCAACGUCGAAGAUAAUCAACUUUCUAAUGAAAUAGACACCAGAGAAUCUGAGCUAGGAAAAAUCAACCGCAGUUUAUCAAGUAAUAGAGAGCACGAAUGCGAAAUCUUUGAAACCCUGAAUAAGGAGGAUCAAGGUAUAAAUAGUUUGGAAGAAUUGUCAGAAAAGAAGGAGGAGAUGCAGACUGCAGUUAAUUCUGCGAAACAAACUUUCAUACAAUCGAUGGAAAAAGGACAAGCAUUAAGUUUGGCUACACUUGCACAGGAUGAAGAGUCAGAAGCAAACGUAGACGAUGAAAGCCCCCGAUUCGAAUCACUAACUGUAGACUCUGAUCGAUUGAAAUUUGCAAUAGAGAUGACUUUAUUACAAUUUAAGAGACGUUCAAGAUUAAAGGGAAUCACGGAAGCAAGAUGCAAAAUUAAUACUUCCAGUAAAAUAAACAAAUAUAGACAAUUGAUUGGAAUGACAAUUGAGAACAUUGACUCCAAAUUAGACGACAUUGAGAAAGAUCUUCGGGGUACCAUAUAA